CAACCACGGCCACCUUAGCUGCAACCCGAGAGUCUUCAUGGCGAGCCAAGCUUUCGUGUACCUCGCGCUACUGCUGCUCCUCUGCAGCGCCAGCCAAGGCGACGAGCUGGGAGCAGAUGCGGCGGGCCGGACGCCGUGCCGGGCGGCGGACCUGGUGGUUAGGCAGUCGGCGACGGGGCGGGUCGUGGAGGGGAAGCCGGAGUACGCGGUGGAGGUGACCAACCGCUGCCGGUGCGCGCAGUCCAGGGUGUUGCUCCGCUGCUACGGCCUUAGCAGCGUCGAGGCCGUGGACCCGCGGGCGAUCCAGCCGGUCGACGGCGAGCGCUGCCUGCUCCGGGGCGGCCGGCGGAUCCCGAGCGGCGCGCCGGUGCGGUUCAAGUACGCCUGGAUGACGCCGUUCGACUUCCCACUGGUCAGCUCACAGGUGCACUGCUAGGUAGUACUACUAGCUGCGUGUGCCUGAUCAGCCGAUGGUACUCAUGUAAGAGACAUUUUACAGUGCACAAGUGCAGUAGUGCGAUUGCGCGCUCCGCGGCGCCGGAUGCUAUCUCGUUUGAUAUUAGCUAGGCUGAUUUGGUGCGGUUUCUCUCUAUUGUAACA